CGGGCCACCUAUAUCCAUUACGUAUCGCAAAGCGAAGGACCCUCCAACGGCUUCUUGUCGUCGGAGCUAAAGAAAAACGUUCUAUUUCAUGAAGUUAAAUCUCUUUGGAAUCUGAAUCAUCUCUUUGAGCCCACUGCUUUCACCCGGGCUAAGGUUCAGUUAGCCGCUCCAGAAGGUCGUUGUGUAGAAACAACUGACCAGCAAUCAUGUUUCUGUACAACAUCACCCUGCAGCGCGCUACCGGCAUCAGCCAUGCCAUCCAUGGAAACUUCUCAGGAACCAAAAUGCAGGAGAUUGUAGUUUCCAGAGGAAAGAUCCUGGAGUUACUGCGCCCAGACGCCAACACGGGGAAAGUGCACACACUCCUCACAAUGGAAGUGUUUGGUAUUGUGAGAUCGCUGAUGGCCUUCAGACUCACAGGAGGAACUAAAGAUUAUAUUGUUGUUGGAAGUGACAGCGGACGCAUCGUCAUCCUGGAGUAUCAUCCAUCUAAAAACAUGUUUGAGAAGAUCCACCAGGAAACCUUUGGGAAGAGCGGCUGCAGACGGAUCGUCCCGGGACAAUACCUGGCUGUAGACCCUAAAGGCAGAGCUGUCAUGAUAGGGGCCAUAGAGAAACAGAAGCUGGUUUAUAUUCUGAACAGAGACGCUGCAGCCAGACUCACCAUCUCCUCUCCUCUGGAAGCUCAUAAAGCCAACACUCUGGUCUACCAUGUUGUUGGAGUCGACGUUGGCUUUGAAAAUCCCAUGUUUGCUUGCUUAGAAAUGGAUUAUGAGGAGGCGGACAACGACCCAACAGGAGAAGCUGCUGCAAACACCCAGCAGACUCUCACCUUCUAUGAGCUGGACCUCGGCCUUAACCACGUGGUGCGAAAAUACAGCGAGGCUUUGGAGGAACACGGAAAUUUCCUCAUCACUGUUCCGGGGGGUUCAGAUGGACCUAGUGGAGUUCUGAUCUGCUCUGAAAACUACAUCACCUACAAGAACUUUGGAGACCAGCCAGACAUCCGCUGUCCCAUUCCCCGCCGCAGGAACGACCUGGAUGACCCAGAGCGCGGCAUGAUCUUUGUGUGCUCAGCCACCCACAAGACCAAGUCUAUGUUCUUUUUCCUGGCUCAGACGGAGCAGGGAGACAUCUUCAAGGUCACACUGGAAACGGACGAAGAAAUGGUCACAGAAAUCAGGCUAAAGUAUUUCGACACGAUUCCUGUAGCAACAGCCAUGUGUGUCCUGAAGACUGGCUUCCUGUUUGUGGCAUCAGAGUUUGGAAACCAUUACCUUUAUCAGAUCGCUCACUUGGGUGACGACGAUGAAGAGCCCGAGUUUUCCUCUGCCAUGCCGUUGGAGGAGGGAGACACUUUCUUCUUCCAGCCUCGGCCGCUCAAAAACCUGGUGCUGGUGGAUGAACAAGAGAACAUGUCACCCAUCAUGUCCUGUCAAAUUGCUGAUUUGGCAAAUGAAGACACUCCUCAGCUGUAUGUCGCCUGCGGACGAGGUCCCAAGUCAACUCUGAGAGUUCUUCGGCAUGGACUGGAGGUGUCAGAGAUGGCUGUUUCUGAGCUGCCUGGUAACCCCAAUGCUGUGUGGACGGUACGCAGACAUGUGGAAGACGAGUUUGAUGCCUACAUCAUCGUGUCUUUCGUCAACGCCACUUUGGUUUUGUCCAUCGGAGAGACCGUGGAGGAAGUGACAGAUUCAGGGUUUCUGGGAACAACACCCACUCUCUCCUGCUCUUUGCUGGGAGAAGAUGCCCUGGUUCAGGUGUACCCAGAUGGCAUUCGCCACAUCAGAGCAGACAAGCGAGUGAACGAGUGGAAAACUCCUGGUAAAAAAACCAUUGUCCGCUGCGCCGUCAACCAGAGGCAGGUGGUUAUCGCCCUGACAGGAGGGGAGCUAGUCUACUUCGAGAUGGACCCGUCUGGCCAGCUGAACGAGUACACGGAGCGGAAGGAGAUGUCUGCAGACGUGGUUUGCAUGAGCCUGGCAAACGUCCCGCCGGGUGAGCAGCGCUCCCGCUUCCUGGCUGUCGGACUGGUCGACAACACCGUUCGAAUCAUCUCCUUGGACCCUUCGGAUUGUCUUCAGCCGUUGAGUAUGCAGGCCCUCCCUGCUCAGCCAGAGAGUCUGUGCAUCGUGGAGAUGGGAGGUGUGGAGAAACAGGACGAACUUGGAGAAAAAGGCACUAUGGGCUUCCUCUACCUCAACAUCGGGCUGCAGAACGGUGUGCUGCUGCGGACCGUCUUAGACCCUGUGACUGGAGACCUGUCCGACACCAGAACCCGGUACCUCGGAUCCCGACCCGUCAAGCUCUUCAGAGUCAGGAUGCAGGGACAGGAAGCCGUGCUGGCCAUGUCCAGCCGCUCCUGGCUCAGCUAUUCAUACCAGUCCCGCUUCCAUCUGACCCCCCUGUCCUAUGAGACGCUGGAGUACGCCUCUGGCUUUGCUUCUGAACAAUGCCCAGAAGGCAUUGUGGCCAUCUCCACCAACACACUGAGAAUCUUGGCUCUGGAGAAACUGGGAGCUGUCUUCAACCAGGUGGCCUUUCCUCUGCAGUACACUCCCAGAAAGUUUGUGAUUCACCCGGAAACGAACAACCUCGUUUUGAUCGAGACGGACCACAACGCCUACACCGAAGCCACCAAAGCUCAGAGGAAGCAGCAAAUGGCAGAGGAGAUGGUGGAAGCUGCAGGUGAGGACGAGCGGGAGCUGGCAGCUGAGAUGGCUGCAGCAUUCCUCAACGAGAACCUCCCAGAGUCCAUCUUCGGAGCUCCUAAAGCCGGAGCCGGGCAGUGGGCCUCUCUGGUGCGGCUGGUUAACCCCAUCCAGGGUACCACUCUGGACCAGGUUCAGCUGGAGCAGAACGAGGCCGCUUUCAGUGUGGCAGUGUGCCGCUUCUUAAACACAGGAGACGACUGGUAUGUUCUAGUGGGAGUUGCCAGAGACAUGAUACUCAACCCCAGGUCCGUGUCUGGAGGUUUCAUCUACACCUACCGACUCACAGGUGGAGGAGAGAAGCUGGAGUUUGUGCACAAGACUCCAGUAGAGGACGUUCCUCUGGCCAUCGCUCCGUUCCAAGGACGGGUUCUAAUCGGAGUUGGAAAACUUCUUAGAAUUUAUGACCUGGGGAAGAAGAAACUUCUUCGUAAAUGUGAGAACAAGCACAUUCCUAACAUUGUGACGGGCAUUUACACCAUCGGGCAGAGAGUCAUCAUUUCUGAUGUUCAGGAGAGUCUGUUUUGGGUUCGGUACCGACGCAACGAAAACCAGCUCAUCAUCUUUGCCGAUGACACGUAUCCUCGCUGGGUGACGACGGCCUGUCUGCUCGACUACGACACCAUGGCGGCUGCUGACAAAUUUGGCAACAUCAGCAUCGUGCGUCUUCCUCCCAACACCAGUGAUGACGUGGAUGAAGAUCCUACAGGAAACAAAGCUUUGUGGGACAGAGGGCUCCUUAAUGGAGCAUCACAGAAGGCUGAAGUAGUCGUGAACUAUCAUGUUGGAGAGACGGUGUUAUCUCUUCAGAAAACCACUCUGAUCCCCGGAGGUUCAGAGUCGCUGGUCUACACCACACUGUCUGGAGGCAUUGGAAUCCUGGUCCCCUUCACUUCACAUGAGGACCAUGACUUUUUCCAGCAUUUAGAGAUGCACAUGCGCUCUGAGUUCCCCCCCAUCUGUGGCAGAGACCAUCUCAGCUUCAGGUCCUACUACUUCCCAGUGAAGAACGUGAUCGAUGGGGACCUGUGCGAGCAGUUCAACAGCAUGGACACACACAAGCAGAAGAGCGUUGCUGAGGAGCUGGACCGGACACCGCCAGAAGUCUCCAAGAAGCUGGAGGACAUUCGCACACGUUACGCUUUCUAAACACACCCACAAUUUACAUGAAGACUCACACAAACUCUGUUGUUCAGCAGUUUAGCCACCGUACUGACUCAGUUUUAUGGUAAUGUUUGGUAAACACAACUUAUUUCAUGGAAAUAUCAGAGAAGAAGAAGGAAAAAAAAAAAAUUAAUUUGCAGCCAUUUUGCCCCCAUAUAUGAUGACAUGAUCCUCUUUCUCUCACAAGUUUAAGAACCAAACAUGUGAGAGGCUUUAGCCACAAUCAAAGGAACACAAACGGCCCAUGACCCAAUUUCAGAGUUUCAGUUUGUCUGCUGUGUCAGCACAAACCACCAGCUGCAGUUCAGCCAAAGUGACACAAAACAUCACAGAGGUGUCCUUCAAAUGGAGACUUCCUUUGGCUGCAGGGGACAUUUUGAAAAUCAUCCUCACACUGAGCAGCAUUAUCGAACUCAACAAAAUGUAUUGCAGACUGCUCAAGAAUGCGUUUCGUUUAGCAAUAGGGGUUCAUGUUCUCUCCCAUGAUCAGAGAUAUAUUUUGUGCAGCACGAAAGCCUGAAGAUGACUAAAUAUUUUCUCUUUUUAUCAGAGCAGAAAUGGAGAAGUAGGCUUUUGUACGCUGACGAUUUCGUCUGUAGAGUUCUCGCUGACGUCUUUUUAAACAUGUGCUCGGAGCGUUGCAGCAAACGGAGGCUGACCUUGAACCGAGUGCAGCCUCAGGCCACUCUUCAGCGAGCCUUCCACCAACCGUCAUACAAUUCUGGGUCAGCUCAGACUAAAUAAGUGGGUGGAAAAGUCCUGAAGGGUUGCUUUGGGUGGUGCUCUUGUCAGUACAGUAAAUUCCCAACCUCAGCCACAGACACUGCAUUCCACAGCAAUCACUGGACUUGGGGGUUUGUGGGACAGAGACAGUGGUCUGUUUUUUUUGUAAAUAAAGUUGUUUUUGUACUUUA